CCAGAGCCCCUCCCCAGCUUUCCUGGAGCCCCUUUCUGCACUGGAAGCUGCUCUAAGGUCUCCCUUCAACCUUCUCUUCCCCAGGCUGAACAACCCCACCUCUCUCAGCCUCUCUUUGGACCAUCUUUGUGGCCUCCUCUGGACACACUCUGACAUAUCCGUGUCCUUCCUGUCCUGAGGACUCCAGGAGCUGCACAGGCUGUUACCUGAGCGGUAAUGAAGACUAAAAGUAGCUGUUGAAGGUAAAUGACAAGUCCUUUGCUUGUAGGACGUGAAUCCUGAGCAAACCAAGCGAGGGGUGGUCCUUAUGGCCACCAGAGGUAGAGCCGGAGGGAACGCUAAUCCCCUGCUCAGCCUCGUCACCAAGAGGAUUAGACAGGACUUCAUCGAGCCCAAGCGAGUGGCCAAGAGCUGAGACCACGCAGGAGGGGCUGCAGCCGCCCCGGGGAGGGCUCCGUGUGGGGGAUUACCAGGGUCACCAUGGGCAGGCAGCGGGCACAGCCGGUGCCCGGCUGGAGGCAGCUCCUGUGUGCCGGGUGCUGGUGGCUCCUCUCACUCUCCGGGAUGGUGCUCCAGGGGCUGCGAUGGCUCUGGAAGCUGGCGUGGUUCCUGCUGAUCUGCUACAAGAGCUGCUGGGACAGCGCCUUCCAGACCACCGAGGAGGUAACUCUCCCACUAUGUCCCCACACCGUGGGGGCUCUGGAGGGCUCCGAUGCCCCAGGACACGGCUGUCAGCAGUGCCAGCGGGGCUGUGGGUCCCCAGGGCACAGUUGGUGCUGGGGGCCACCCAGGCUUGGUUGUCCCUGUCAGUCCACCCUGGCUUUCAGCUUGGCACGGUGCUGUGGUUGAGGCUGGAAAAUAGCAGCGAGGAGGACGGAGACUCCAAUUCUGCGCUGGAAUCAAGGCAGGCAGGUGGGUCCCCAGCACUACGGGGGUGUCCCCAGCGCAGAAGCUGGGCAGGAUGGGUGCCGCGGGGCUUUGGCAAGAGCAGAGCUGUGGUGUCAGGGCAGUGGCAGAGCAACAGCGGCAAGGUGACACCUUUGAGGCUGUGCUGGAAAGACUGGAGGCACUGGAGGCUGACGUCCGCUUCCUCUGCACCGAGCUGGGCGCUGAGAAGCUGCUGUGGAGCAGUCGGUUCCUGGAGCUGCUGCAGGAGCAGCAAAGCUUGCGCCAGCGGCUGCAGGAACGCUCGUGGCGCUGGGACGGCAUCGACAGCCCCGAGCUGCCAAGGGAAGAGGAGGAUGAAAGUGGGAGCGAGGGAGAGAGCCCUGCAGGAUGCCAGCGGAUGGAGCCUCCCCAGCAGCCAGCCCCGUGCCCAGGCAGCCGCUUGGGGCCAGCGGCUCCGUGAGUGCCAGAGAAACGGAGAGCAGGAGCCAGCUGGGAAGCAGCUCUGGAGAAGCCUCUGCCUCCUGUGCUGCCCAGGGCAGGUCACAGCCUCUCCCUGCCCAGGGCCACCUCCGGUGCUGACUGUCCCCUGAGCCAGUUGCCUCCACUGGAGACCAGCAAGGAGCAUCUUCCUGAUCCCUUGCGACGCUUCCAAGGGUGGGGAGAGUAAGGUCACUGCCAGCUGCCGGUCACCCUGCGCGUGUGAGACAAUGGGGCCAUGGCUGGAUUGCAAAACCCAACCGCUGCCCUGUUUGUUUCCUUGUUGGCCAGAUAAGUCCCCUCCAUCUACUGCUCUGCGCGUGUUGCAACUCUUGCCUGGCUCCUUGGGAGCACUUGGAGGGGAUCGGCUCUCUUGGGGUGACCGCAGGGUCCUCAUCCUCAGAGAACGGCUCAGCCGGGGAUGCU